GUAAGGGAUGUAAAGAAAGAUGCUUAUGUUUAUAGGUUAUGUUGACCAUUCACUUUUGUCUGCUCCUGCUGUUUGUGUUGUUGUUUUGUUAUAGGCCUAGUUCAAGUUCAGUUCAGUGAGUGAAUUGUAAUAGACAAGCGAAGUCCUCUAGCUAGAAACUACAUGAAUCAAGAUAAUAGGGUUGGGUCUGAACAUCAAUGAACAAAUUAGGCCUAUUAAAUUUUUUUUUUUUAUGUUAAGUUAUGUGAUGCUCAUUGCAUGUCCUUCUCCACCAAUUAAUUUUGGAACUAGGUUAUAACUUGUUUCUGAGUGUAACUCAUAAGCACCUAGGCCUAGGUCAAACGAUCUCCUUACUAAGCUUCAGUAGGGCAUUGGAGUAUUAAUUGAGAUCCUUUUAAAUUGAUUUUAAUAUUCUGUUCCCCUAUCCUACAGCUGAAAUGGCGCUGUCCUUUUGUAAAAAGCUGCAGAAAUUAUCACAAUCAUGCAGCGAACAGUUUAUUUGGCCAUUAGUAAUCCAAACGAGGAACCGAAUGGGGCCACCAAUAAAGAGACAUCAUGGUUUUGAUCAGCCAGAUCUUCCAAAACCUUCCGGAAAAUUUUGGAGGAAAGUGGAAUUUCCUGAAAAGUAUACUGUGAAACCCCUUGAAGUAAAACGACUAGGAGGGCGUGAUCCAGAAACAGGAAGAAAAGUUAUUAAUAGAGUCGGAGGGGGUCUUAAAUACAAAUAUUUGUGGGUACAUUGGAAGCGAGAAGGCCCCAAGGAAGGGCCCCCUCUGGUGGAGAAAGUUGUACAGAUUGUAGACUCCUGGUGUCAUUCUGCUUUCCUCGCUCUAGUAGCAAGUGGCAAACAAAUGAAGUACUACUUUGCCACUGAGAAUAUGAAGCCUGGAGACCUAAUCAAGACAUCAAUGAACAUCCCAAGGAUACCAGUAAACCCUAAUGAAGGAGACGCAUAUCCUCUUGGAGCUCUGCCGAUGGGAACUAAAGUGCAUUCUGUGGAGAGAUUGAAAGGUACUGGUGGCUUCUAUGCUCAUGCAGCUGGUGUGUCAGCCACAAUUCUUAGAAAAAUGGGAGACAAUAUUGUUGUCCAGUUACCUUCCAAGCAUGAGGUUGCCUUACCCAAAGAAAACAUGUGUGUUGUAGGUCGAUUAUCAAACAACAGCAAGUAUCCUAUUGGUUCCCCAAAUCGGCUGAGAGAACUUGGACGUCGACCUCGAUCUGGACUGUGGCAAAGGAAAAGUGGAAGAUUUGGUCGUAGGUUUUAUGCUCUACCCCCUGUCAAAAUAGUUGAUCAGGACCCUGCUCCAGAACAGGAAAUUAUCAAGUUAACUCUCAAUGUUACAAAGAAAAAUUCUCCAAUCUUUAUUUAGUGUACCACCUUGAUAGUAAUAAAAUAAUAUUGUUUAUUAUUUAA